AUGCUCUUCCGACCAACUCGUGAGAAAGGAGAAUUCGGUUCCGGUGAUCGGUGGAGUUACCUUGCUUCAGUUCCGGCUUGCAAAAGACAAGAUCUUUGUUGUCUUUCUAUACAUCCAAGGUGCGGAUCUUUCCUCGGCUCAAAAUUAAAGAACUACACGCUACUCCACAAUCCAUCUCAACUCAUUGAUUUCCUCUGUCGUCCAUCACCGUUCCGCCACUUCGAGUUUCAUUACUCGUGUCUCAAAAGGCUUGCGUCCUUGUGA